GUCAAACAUUACAGUGUGCAGAGCAUCCCUCCUCACAUCUUCCAGCAGGAGCAUCUCUAACACAGCAGAGUGUCUUACCACCACUGGCGCAGUGUCCAACAGCAGUAACCAUUAGUGACACUCACACAAUAAGUCCCAUCAGAGACCUGACACGCUUCAUGCAUCUUCCAGUGAGGCUGAAAAACAUGGGACGGCCGAGUUACGCGUCAGUGUUGUUUCUCAUCUGCUGCCUUGUUCAAACAAAUGCAUUGACAACAUGUGGAACCAAUCAGUUCCAGUGUGGGAAUGGGAAAUGCAUCACAGUCAGAUGGGUUUGUGAUGGCACAGAUGACUGCGGAGACGGCACAGAUGAACUUCCUGGUACCUGCAUGGCCAAAACAUGUAGACCGACAGAGUUCAGCUGCGCGGAUCGCCUUAACCAGUGUAUACCGGGCACAUGGCGCUGUGAUGGAAAAGCUGACUGUGAGAAUGGAGCUGAUGAAGAGACCUGUGCGCCAAAGCAGUGCACAGACAACGAGUUCCGCUGCAGGAACGGCCAGUGCGUGUCGUCCUCGUUCGUGUGCGACGACGAGGCGGACUGUGACGACGGCAGUGACGAGGCCUCCUGCCCGCCCGUCACCUGCAGCCCCACGUCCUUCCAGUGCAACAACACCGUUUGCGUUCCCCGCCUGUGGGCCUGCGAUGGUGACUCCGACUGCCCUGACGGCUCCGACGAGUGGCCCCAGAACUGUGGCACCCAGAAACCUGACACUGCUCCCACUCAUCAGUGCACAUCCCUGGAGUUCAGCUGUGGCAGCGGGGAGUGCAUACACGGUAGCUGGAAGUGUGACGGAGGAGCUGACUGCCUCGAUCGAUCUGACGAAGCUGACUGUGCUCGGCCCACCUGCCGUCCUGAUGAGUUUGAAUGCGGCGAUGGUACUUGCAUCCAUGGUAGCCGCCAGUGCAACCAGCAUUACGACUGCAGGGACAUGAGUGAUGAAAUUGGCUGUGUCAAUGCGACCCACUGUGAGGGCCCGACCAGGUUUAAGUGCCGCAGUGGGGAGUGUAUUAGCAUGGAGAAGGUGUGUGACAAACAGCGUGAUUGCAGGGAUUGGUCAGAUGAGCCUCUUAGGGAAUGUGGCUCCAAUGAGUGCCUGUACAACAACGGCGGCUGCUCUCAUACUUGCAAUGACCUGAAGAUCGGCUACGAGUGCCUGUGUUCUGCUGGAUAUCGCCUGGUUGACAAAAAACGCUGUGAAGAUAUCGAUGAGUGUGCCAACCCGGACACCUGCAGCCAGAUCUGCAUCAACCAGAUAGGCAGUUACAAAUGCCAGUGCGAGGAGGGUUACCAGGUUGACCCAGCGACCAAAGCCUGCAAGGCCAUCGGUACAAUAGCCUAUCUUUUCUUCACCAAUCGUCACGAGGUCAGAAAGAUGACUUUGGACAAAAGUGAGUACACCAGAGUGAUCCCCCGUCUUAAGAACGUUGUGGCUCUCGACAUGAACAUGGCCACCAAAGAGAUCUACUGGUCAGACAUCUCCCAAAAGAAAAUCUACAGAGCUCAGAUGGACUCGGCUGAAGACUCCACUCAUCACAGCACGAUCAUCGGUAACGACAUCGACGCUCCUGAAGGCAUCGCUUUUGACUGGAUCCAUGGUAACCUGUACUGGACCGACAGCAUUCGCAGCACCAUCUCCGUGGUAACUGCUGAUGGUAGCCGCCGCAAAACUCUCUUCCACCAAGGUUUAUCUAAACCCCGCGCGAUUGUGGUCGACCCACACACCAACUUCAUUUACUGGACUGACUGGGGGAAUCAAGCUAAGAUUGAGAAAGCAGGCCUUAACGGAGGAGACCGCACCGCUCUGGUCACUGACAACAUCGUGUGGCCUAAUGGGAUUACACUCGACCUGUUGAACCAGCGGCUCUACUGGGUGGACUCUAAGCUGCACACCCUCUCUAGUAUCGAUGUGCAGGGCGGUGGUCGACGCACCCUCAUCAUUGACGAGCACAAGCUGGCUCACCCGCUGGGACUCACUGUGUUUGAGGAAAGUGUGUUCUGGACAGACGUCAGUAACAAUGCCAUCCUCAGUGCAAACAGACUCACGGGUGGUGACAUCACACCAGUGGCAGAGCACCUAUCGUCACCAGAGGACAUUAUUCUUUAUCAUAACCUCAAACAACCCGCUGGGAGAAAUUGGUGCCAGGUAUCCGGCUGUGAAUUUUUGUGCCUGGCAGCUCCUCAAGUUGGCAGACAUCCCCCCAAAUAUACCUGCGUCUGUCCAGAUAACAUGAUGCUAGCCAGGGAUAUGAGGACAUGUGUACCUGCUGUGCCAACACCUGCAGCUCCCGUGCAGCCUCGAGUUCCAGCUACCACCCCCCCUCAGCCACCAGUGCCAGCCAGCACCACACCCACUCCCCAGGUCCUUACCACACCCAAGCCCCAGGUUCGCACCACACCCAAGCCCCAGGUUCGCACCACCACAGUGCCCAUCCUAAUCACCAGCACUGUGGCAAAGCCGGUGCCACGCUCCACCAAGCCUCCUGUAAGGACCACCACACCUGAACCUAGGACCCCGUCCCCCCAGACAGUGAAGCCUAAAAUUCCCCAGACCACCACGGAGACUCCAGUUACCUCUCCAGAUUUCCGACAUGGAUUUGCUGCAGCUAUCCCCAACCCUGCCUCCACCACCCCGAUAGCUCUGUAUAUCGUUAUACCUCUGGCGAUCGUUUGUCUUGUGGCUGUUGGUGGUAUGCUGCUAUGGAGGAACUACAGGAGGAAGAACACCAACACGAUUCACUUUGACAACCCCGUCUAUCAGAAAACCACUGAGGACCAGGUGCACAUUUGGAGGAGCCACAGCCCUGACGGUUACUCCUACCCAAAAAGACAGGUUGUGAGCUUGGAUGAAGAGGCGGACAAUCCAGCCUUCACAGAAAACUGAACAAUAUCGGGCAGGGCGGAAAGAAGAGCCUCGACGAUAAGCUACCUUAGACGUCCUUUUUUGUAUUUUUUUACCUCACACAGCACAAAGAUAUGGAAGUCAAAGCCAGUAUCAGACAAGCUUGAACCACAAUAUCCUCACAGAUGAACAAGCGCUCUACAGUGGAGAAACCAGGGUGAAACUUUUUUUUUCAGGUUGCAAAUUUUUUGCCAUCAAGUGAACAGCUGACAAUCCAUUCCUCAAAAAAUCAUACCAAAUCAUCAGAUGCUGGAUUCCUCCAUCUAACUUUUUUUUUACCUGCUAUCCUAACCGUGAAGUUGAUGACAUAACUGGAGAACUGGAGUGUCACUGCUAAAGCCACAUGAUGUCUUAUAAUGUCAUAAUGUCUUUCAAGCAGCGGUUUAACUGAGCUCAUUUAACGAAAAUUAUAAUUGGGAAUUUCCUCUGACUUUUGUAAUGUAGAAUUCACCAAUGAGUGUUGUAAAUAUCAGUUUAUUUUUGUUUUAAAUUUUAUUUCUGAAUAUUAUCAUAUCUUAUUUGCUUUCUCUGCCACUCUCAUAUUUGUACAGUAAGCUUAGCUCAAACAGUAACCUGACUGUGCCAGAUGAUUUGUCACACAGAACCAUCUAGGAAGUCACUGUUCCACAUGUUUGGAAAAGGGCAGGCACUUCUAAAAAAUAUUCAGCAGGUGACUGGAAGAUCUGUCUAUGAUUGUUUGUCACUUUAUCUUCAACCAAUCAGAUCAAGGAACCAUAUAAUGUAGUCAAACUCUCUCAAAGCCAGUCGGGAGAAAAGACGAAACAUUUUUUAUACCAAGACUUCAAUACUCUCCAGUUCUGAUUUAACUGAUACUAGAAGCAUCUACGCUAACCUUACUUUUCACACACUGUUUAACACUCAACAACUCAUACUGUAGCUGUCAGUAGUUCCUCAUAGGAUGCUGAUUGGUCCGAACAACUGUGGUUUGGAUAGAUAGAUUGAAGCCUGGCAAGAUAGACUCUUACGUGAUCUUGUAAUUUUGUGAUCUUGAGAGUCCAGCUGCUUCGCAAGGUUACUCAAAAACUUAGAGGUGCUGAUUGAUGGAUUUUGUUACCUUUGGACAGAGGCAGACUAACUGUUUCUUUUUGUUUCCAGUCUUUAUGGUAAGCUAAGAUUUUUACAUUCAGCUCAAGCUCCUGCACAGACAUGAGAGUGGAAUCAAUCUUCACCUUUCCCAAAAUGGCGAAUGUUUUCGUUGUCUUUUCUCUUUGUUUGUUGGAAACAAGAAAAUCGGAACCUGACUUUUAUCCCAAGACAAACACUUGAUCGAGCGGAUUUAAAGUUGAGCAUGCAGUAGAUGAAUUUAAUAAGAAUCCUGCAUGUGCCAGUUUAACCAGUGUGACCUCAAAAAGUCUCAUAAUGAUGUGUGUGUGUGUAUGUGUAACUUUGAGUUUAAACCAGCUAUUGCCUCAGUAGUGGAGCAAAAAUGCCACCCGAAAGGACCUGAAGACACUGCUGUAGUUGAGCUCCAAGAAUAGAUCUGUGCCUUGAUACUGUGCUCUGUAUUAACUUUCAGAUUUUCACAACAACACUGCGUUCUUCAGCAGCUGUUUGUCAUUUAUGAGUUUCAGCUCCAUUCUCUUGAUUUGUGAUCGGCUGUCUGUGCACUGGAGGACCAUCUUUAAAUUUUCCCUCCUUAUGCCCCUCUCGGGAGAACCAGUGCAUUCCUCAAAGACUGAAACGCUUUGAUGCAACCACGUGUGACCAAUCGGGCCGUGUCUAAUGCUCUGUAUCAUGACACGUGUAUAUUUACAUCCUCCCUUAGGACCAGAACCUCAACUUGCCUUAUACCAGCAUUCCUGACAAAAGAAAGCCAUGUGCCCUAUCGUGUUUUUUUAAAAACACAGUUCUCAGCGGCUGUUUGAGCUCAUUUAUUUGUAUUGCUGACAAAUGUGUGCCUUUUUAAUGAAAUAUUUUAUUCACAUGUUCCUGUUGGUGCUAUUGAACUCGGUAGAAAUGUUUGAAAUCAGAGUGUCGGCCUGUUUACAGUGAAUUGUUUGAGGCAUGUGGCAGUGUUACAUGCAGGUGAGGUUAUACCUAACAAAGACGUUGUUGUGAUGUGGGUUAUGACUGUCAAAAGGCUUUUAGGUAGAAAAAAAAGUGCUAGUGAAGCUGUACAUAAAGUAAUUUUACAUUCACCGACGUAACAGUGCAGAAUAAGCGUGUAAAUAUAAUGUUCAUAAAUGUACAUAUUUGGUCUUUACUGUUUUCUGGUAAUAAUGUCACUGUUUUAGACUUUGUUGUAAACUUUAAAAAAUUGCUGUACAUAAAUAAAUGCUUCUAUUUAUUAUAGAAUAA